GAUGCGCAGUUCUAACGUCUUGAAACAGUCCGGCCAUGAUGGCUAAAAUAAGGUAGUCGUAGGGUCGUGAAUGAGAAAUGUGUUAUUAUUUCUAAUUGAUGGUAGAAGCUUUGCGUGUGUCGCAGAAACCGGAGACUCAAAUUCUUACAUGUAGUAUUUAUUUGGUUUGUAGUUAUAUUAUUUCAUAAAUUCGCCAACGCAGUAACGUUUUAUCGACUGAAAUUAGUUCAGCCGCAUCGAUCGUUCAUCGUGCGACGUAACCGCUCAUCUCGCAAGAUUUUUUCUUUAUUUUGUACAUUCUGCCUGAAAACUUCAUGACAAUUCUGGAAUGUCCAGCUCAUUUGUGAAAGACUGCAGUGAUGCCUCCACUCCAGCCAGCAGCUACAGGAACAACAGCGAUGGCUUGAGCCUAAAUGCUGCUCCUCCUGCAGCUUCUGGUGGCAACAAAACUGUCUUCAUCAUCGUCAAUAAUGACUCGCAAAUUGACCAAGACCAACUCUCUUCCAUAUUAGCCAGUCACGCGGGCGCCUCGAGCGAAGUGAGUGUGGUUCAGAUGGCUGGUGGUGGUGGCAGCAUGAACGACGUCACGCAGCAUGACUCCCCCGACGCUACCUCGACCUUGCAGGCUGCUACUGCAGUAGGGCUCCUCAACUCAACCUCCACCAACUACCAGGACCCUUUGGACUCUGUUUCAGAAGUUGGUGCAGGAGGUUAUUCUGAGCUGCCACUGGAUGUCGAGUCACUACACCAAUUGGAGAGCGUCCUAUGCACGGACGAGGCGCGUCAUCUGCUAGCUUCAGAUAACCUCCUGGACAUUCUGGGCGCUGCAGCUGCUUCUGGCGCAUCAGAUUGUACACCUGCCGGCGACUCUACUUCUUACCCGACCGGCCCUAACCACAGCACCGCGAGCUGUGCCCCAGUGACGGGUGCCUCCUCUGGUGCUGGCGGUAAGGCUGGUCGUGGCAGAAUGAGAGCACCUCCUAAACGACGGUCACAGCGCCAGCAGGACAAGGCUGAACGAGACGAGGUGACGAAAAUAUUGGCAGAGAAUCAGCGCAUGCUGCAGCGGGAGAGAGAGGAGCUCAUGGCGGCUGAGUCGUCGACUGGUUCCCUCAACCAGAACCUCGAAGUACAGGGAGAGUUAGACUAUAGAAACCAGGAUAGACCCAGAGAGCUUCAACCUGAGGCAUCUGACAACGAACAAAGUGGAGAAAGCGACUCUGAAGAGGAAGAUAGUGAUGACGAUGAUGGGCAAGAUAACAAGUCCGAUGACUCGGAUUAUACAACUCGUGGGCUCCAUAAUUCUCGGCCAGUGUCCAUCCCUCGAGUUGCAAAAGCCGCCACAAGAGGUCGAGGUAGACCUCGGAAAAAUCCUGCUGACAUGAGCUCAGUUUCAGGGCGUGGGAGAUUGCGUGCGGAUCAUGAGGGUGGGAGGGGUGGUGGUCUUGUUUCUAGGCCUGGCUCGUUGAGAGGUUCUAGGGGCAGAGGACGCGGUAGACCGCCGAUGAGGGGCAGUAAAGGUAAACAUAUGCCCGUUAUGCCCGAAGAUGAGGAAGAUGAUGAGCUUCCUAGCCUCGAUGGUGGCAGUGAAGGCCCAGCUGCUGCUGUUGCUACGGAGGCUGAAGAUGAUUUGGACGAUCUUGAAAAGCAGCUAAGCGAUCUACACGGCGGUGCUGACGCGGCUACGGCUCCUGCAGCCUCACCGUCCAUCACAGAGCAGCUUUCUCAGCCUAAGAAGAUCGUAUUUCUCAAGAAGGGCGUCAUCGGCACCAACAAGAAUGCGCCUGUCAAGAAGAAAACUUCUAAGGCGGAACCUGCGGUCCAGAGGAAGUCACUCUCACCAGAGAAUAAAGAAGAUGCUGCAAAGAUCCAGGAAGCUGCUGACGAUCAGCAAGAUGAGGAUGAGGAUGGUGAAUAUGAGGAAAAAGAUGAUGACGAUGACGAUGGUGAUUAUGAUCCAGUUAAAGAAUCCGAGAAAAUGAAUGCAGUCGAUGACGCGACUCGAGAAGGCGAUCGAGCGCGUGCUAAGAAACGUGCCAAGAACCAAAGCCCUGACAAGUCAGCGAAACAAAGUUCCAAGAAAAGCGGGAGCCCCUCUAAAAAAUUAGCCGUGAAGAAGGCUAAAACACCAAAGCAUGCGGAAGCAACUCAUCAAGUUGUUCGGCGCGUUAGAGAUAAACAAGGCAACUUCCAUUUUGUGAAGAAAAAAAUGUUCAAAAGUUUAAAUAAAGAAAGAUCUGAGAAAAAUUGUCAGCUUGACAAGAAAUCUGUGUCUGAGAAGCUCAAGUCGAAUCCAGUAGAGACUGAUUAUCUGAAAAUCCUGCAAUUGGCCCAGAAGAACGUCGACGACGCGGCGACUCAUGCACCCAAGAAGAUUUCUAAAUCGUUGCCUGACCCUAAAUCGGUCCUGAAGAAGAUGAAGGAAACAAUGGCGGAUAACAAACCUAAAAAUUCCAUAUCGAGUAAGGAGCAUGUAAAACAUAAGUUUGAAGAUCACAAUAAAUCCCUUCCAUCCGCCAAGAAAAAACGUGAAGACUCGUCCACUGCAGAAGCCGAUUCUUCCAAAUCGCCCAAAAUAAUUCAAAAGUCACCUGAGCCGCCGCUACAGAAGAAGCAUAAGUUAUUCUCUAGUGCCCUCGAUGUGCCCUACGAGUCGCUAAAAACGAAUAAAGUUGUGAAGAAGUUUGCUACUGGGAGUGGCAUCAUAGGAGGGUCAAAGGUUAAGACAUCAGCAACACCAGUCAAACGUAAGGAUGAUUCUCAGGUUUAUAAGGACGCUAACAAACAACUUCUCAAUAAACUCACUACCAAACUUGGCAAGGUCUCAAAAAACGUUCCUGUAACCGUCGAUUUCGUUCAAAAUAAAAGUGCAACUCCAUUAAAAUCGCUCAAGAGUUCCCCUAAAAAACUCAAAGUAAGUCCGGCGUCGGCAAAAUACAAGGAGGAGUUCGAUGAAGAGGACGAGGAGCUCGACGACCUGGAGGAAUACAGGCCCGUUGACCCUGUUUCCGCUGACCAGGUGCGCCGCAGCAAUCGUGCGCCUAAGAAGAAAUCUUUCGGUGACGAGAUGAUAAUGUUGGGUGAGGACAACCACGAAGACGAGGCUGAUUCGUCUGACGAUGGUGAUCAUGAUGAUAAAGAUCUUGAUAAAGAUAAUGAUGAGUUAAUUGAUGAGGAUGAUGAAGACCAGCACACGCUGAAGAGGAGAAGAGGGCUAAUAAAGAAGGAAGAGGAAAAGCUCAGGACUGUUGAUGUCGAAGUUGUUGAUGAAUUACCCAAAGCUCAAAAAGAUGAAGACUUCAGCGUUGAAGAGCUUUUACAGAAAGAAGAGGAGGAGGAAGAGUUGUCUUCAGAAGAAGAGUUUGUGGAGGAGGACGACCCAGAGCGGCUGUGGUGCAUAUGCCAGCGUCCACACAACAACCGCUUCAUGAUCUGCUGCGACACCUGCGAGGACUGGUUCCAUGGCUCCUGUGUGGGCAUCACCAAGGCCAUGGGCAAGAAAAUGGAGGAAGACGGCAAAGAAUGGAUAUGCCCCAACUGCAAGAGAGCCACCAAAACUCUACAGGGUUCGGCUUCUGCUGUAGGAGAUAGUCAGGCGUGCGGCCAGUGCCGGACGGCGGUGCGGCGGCCUGGCUCCGUUUUCUGCUCUGACGCCUGCGUGCUCACGAACGCCGCAUCCGCCCUCCGAGCCACGCACGAACCACUGCAGAUGAAUGUGGGUGAGGUGGCCGGACGCAAGCCCUCCGUGGACCAGCAAGUGAAGAGCGACCCUCGCGUGCUGGUGGUUAAUAACAACACGGGACACGUGCUCUCAGGUAAAGACGCGCCGACGCUGAGUGAACUCACGGAGUUCAUGAGGCUGAACCCCGACUACUCGUUGGUGCAGCCUGGCGCUGUAAACCCUCGCCGGGCUUCAGAGUCAAGUGAACCCAGAGUGGCAGACCCGAGGGCCCCCAACAAACCUGGCCGCAUUACCAUCAACGUCAGCAAAGCCGCGGCGCAGGCUGGCUUCAAGGAGAACCUACAGUCGGGGUCGUCGUCAGCGCCCGUCACUCAGACCAGCGGACCUCGGAAGACUAUCCUCCUGACGAGCGUCAAGGCGCCGCCUAAUGUUGCUGCUGCUGCUGCUGAACAACUCCAUCCAAAGCCCGUUAAAAAACAUAAACCAGAGACUCCUCAGCCUCAACUCAAACAAAGCAAGAAGAGAUCGCGCUCUGAAUCUGAGAGCAGUCGGGCGGAACACCCGCCCAGCGCGCCUGCGGCCCCGCCGACACCUGCGGCGCCGACUGUACACGACAUCCGCCGCAAUGUGCGCAAAGCUCUCACCGACUGCCUGCUGCGACGGUGUGAGCAGAACAGAGCCGAAUUCCCUGACGUUGACAAAAACAAGAUCGAGGAGCUCGUCAAGACCAUCGAGAACGAACUCUUCGUCUACUUUAAUAAAAGCGUGAACAUAAAGUACAAGUCACGCUACCGAAGUCUCGUCUUCAACAUCCGCGAUGAGAAGAACGGCGGCCUCUACCGCCAGAUCUUGACGGGAGCCGUGACGCCUCUCAAGCUCGCCACCAUGACCUCCGAUGAGAUGGCGUCCAAAGAACUCGCAGAGUGGAGGCAAACGCAGGGCAAAAAGGAGCUUGAAGCCAUCCAGAAGCAUGAGCUUGAUAGGCUGGCUUUGGGCAACACGUACAUCAUGAAGAGCCAUAAAGGAGAAAUUGAGAUCGACAAAGACGAUUUUAUUAAAGACAGAGAGAAAGCUGGCGAGGCUGUGAAGCUCCCAGAAGAAGAGCCUCUGGUGGAGGAGCUCACCGGCGUUGGCACGUCAGGCGUGGCCAUCACUGCAGCCACUAUUGAUGACCUCAAAAACAAGAGUGAUAAACACAGCAGCAGCAGGCAUAAGUCGAGCAGGGAUAAGCGACGGUACAGUGAGAGGGACCAUCGCGACGAUGACAGGAAGCAUUCACGAGACGAUGAAGGCAAAAGCAGCCGUAAAAAAAGUCGCGGAGACGACGACGAUGACUCGCGAAGAAGGCGUCACCACAGCGAUAGAGGUGACCGACGUGACAAGAAAGAACGAGACGAAAGACGUGACAAAGACCACAAGCGUGAUAGUGAUGAUAGGCGUGACAAAGAUCACAAGCGUGAUAGUGUUGACAGGCGUGACAAAGAUCACAAACGCCAUAGUGAUGAUGGACGUGACAAAGACUACAGGCGUGAUAGUGACGAUAGGCGUCAUCGAGAUAAGCAUGAUCGACGUGAUCGUGACAGAAAACGUCAUGAUAGUGACCGUCAUCGUCACGACAGCAAAAGUGACAGACGUGAAAAGAAGAGUGCGAAUGAAGUCACCACGAGCGACGACGUCGUGGAAAGGCGACACCUCGACUCCAUUGACGAUGCUGACGAAGAACAAGACGCUCAGCCUUCGUCCACCGUCGGCCCGCUCCCCGGUGAAGCAAGUUAUACUAAGCUUCCAUUGCCUCCAAACCUCCCUACUCAUCUGCCUCAUGAUCAGGAUGACUUGAUCCCCUCAACCACACCUCCCCCUAUGGAGGAUGACCCCUCAUAUAUCCCACCAUACUCUCCCGAGGCUAUUCCUCCUGAGUCCCCUAUUCCUGCUCGUAAUGGCUCAGAUAAAUAUAUGCUCGACUCUCCACAAACUCCUCCAUCCCCAUCAUCUACACCACCUCUCGACGAUGGCGAAUAUUCUCCGUCUGCUCCACCGUACCCGGGCACUCCACACGCAGCUAAAGCUCGGAAAACGAAGCCCAAACGAUCGUCCAUUUCCAAAUUCGAGGCUCCAUCGCGGAGCGCGGCUGAAGGUAUUGCCAUUUGGCGAGGCGUCGUGCAGAUGACGGACGUUGCCAAGUUCACGGCCACGGCCUUUGAGGUCUCAGGCGGGUCAGUGAAUUUUACCCAAGAUGUGCCGGAUUCUAUCGACAUAGUCGGGCGCAUAUCCCCCGAAAACGUGUGGAGCUACAUUGCCGACACCAAGAAAGCAGCCAGCAAGGAAAUCCUAGUAGUUCGAUUUCAGCCUUCAAGUGAGGAGGAGAAAGUCUUCUACAUCGCUCUCUACUCCUACCUGUCUUCCAAAAAGCGCUAUGGCGUUGUGGGCAACUGCGAUAGAUCCAUAAAAGAUUUCUACAUCAUCCCAUUGGCUUCUCAUCAACCAAUUCCUCAGGUUCUACUUCCUUUAGAUGGCCCUGGUUUUGAAGAACAACGUCCUCAUAUGCUUGUUGGUGUUGUGGUGCGCACGAAGCCUAAGCGCAUCUACGACCAGUUCUCAGGUACCUGGAAGGAUAUACCUGAUGUUACCAAACUGUCAGAGGAGGGUUCUGCAAUGCUAAGCGAGUUGAAGGAGGCCAGUGAGCGGAGCUUCACCCCACCUCUGCCUGGGUCAGCCUAUGAUCCUGAAGAAGAAGAAGAGAUGGCAGUAGUUGCUGCAGGCUCCAAGAAGCCCGAGUCAGCUUCCGAACUUGAAAUUCUCCUAGAAAGUCCUAUCAUCGUUACACCGCCGGGUGCUCCCGAUGACGAUUCUGAUUCAGAAAUUGUUGACAUUCCAUCUAAUAAGGCAGUUAAACGGUCUACAGAUCAAGGGGAAAGUUCUGGCAGUAAAAAGGCCAAGACAGAACGCUCAAAAGAACAAGAAUCUAUGCUCGCAGAGCUCAAUCGGCAAAUCGAACAACACAAGAAGGAACUGAGCGCUAUGCACGAGAGCAUCAGUCAAAAAGACAAAGUUGUCAUUGCUGCUUCUCGAAAAGAAACAGUCCUUGACGAGCAUGACAAAAACGAUUCUGAUAAAAACAAGAAAAAGGAUCCAGUCAAACUAGACACUUCUAAAAUCAACAUUCCAGACAACCUGCACAUGAUUUUAGAAGGUAUCAAGCGUAAAGAAGAAGAAAUUAAACAGAAACAAGACGAAAUAGUGCGUCGAAAGAAUGAAGCUCAGAGUGUUAUUGGAGGCGACACUGACAUGCGACGCAUGCUUUUGCAACCGCCUAGUUUUGCAUCAAUUCCUGGAUUGCCUAUUGAAGGGCGAGUUGAUGUGACCACCGCACCUCUUCCCUCAGCUUACCAGUCGCCUGUUGCCGUCACGUCAUCUCUCCCUCAUGUAGGGAGCGCCAUUCAGGUACCACCUACGAAUGCACUCGGGAGCUCUGUGCAUCCACCCUCAGGAGCCUCCUCAGCUCAUCUACCUCAUAGUUUCAGCUCCCGUGGUCCACCUCCUUCUGUAGAACUUGGGCCGCCUCAUCCUCAACUCUCACAACCCCCACCAACCAUCGAUAGCCGUGCUGACUCUACACCAGCUUUACGUCCUCCCUCUCACCAUUAUAUGGAUGCUCAUGCCGUGCCUCCCUCCCCCUCUUCGGUUACUCACGGUUAUCCUCCUCCUCAAAGUCCAGCAGGUCUUCCUCCUCGCCCUAUUGUACCGCCGCGUGGGGGAAGCCACGAAUACCCUCCUUCCCCUCACCCAGUUCCUAUUGGUCCUCCUAUUCCAGUUGCCGGCCGCCCUCCUCGUCCUUUCGGCCCUCCACCUCACAUGCCGGGACAUCCUCCUCCCUACCGAGAAGGCGACGAGCACUACAGAGCUCAUUUCCAGCCUCCACCUGAAGAUUAUGAGUACGGCAGCCCCCGUAACCCUGGUUUCCGUCACAUGCCACGAGACGACCACCGAUUCAGAGGCUUACCGUACGACGAUUAUCGUGGCUAUCCCGAUGAGAGGGACCGGCGGUACCUCGAUGAAAGGGGACCUCAUGACCACGAGGAGUUCGAUUAUAGGCGAGGCCAUCGAGAGUGGGAAGGACCAAAACAUUGGCGUGGCCGUGGCAGAGCAGACUGGGAUAGACGGGGACGUGGCAGAGGAAGAUGGUAAUCAAAUUCUUCUAUCUCUGUCUUGCCCGAAAUUAUGAUUAUCAAUCAUAACUCAGGAAGUAUUAAUUUCUUCCGCUGAUCGCUAUUGAAAAUCUUUUUUGUUUUCUUUGAUGAUGAGGUGUUAGUUUUCAUUAGGUUUUUGUGUCAACGAGAUACUCUAAAACGGUGAGAUCUUUACGUGGAAUUUUAUGUAAUUUUACUUUUUGUACAUAUUAGGAACGGACAGCGCUAGGUCAAAUCUCGUUUGUCAAUUAAAUAAUCUACAUCUCAUUCAUUUGUUGUGUAUGAGAGGACAAAUAUGUUGAAGUAGAAUGUGCCAUUCUCUGAACUAUUUUUUCUUUAGUCGGUGCAGCCUCUGUGUAUCCAUUGAAUUUAUUUUGUUAAGAACAAGCGCGUGUUUUUCAUGCUCACGUUUGAUUUGAACGUUUUCAUGCUCACAUUUUGAUUUGACAGUUUUCUCUACUUCUGCUUCUUUCCAAUUAAUUUGAGUAUUUCGUGUAGAGAGAUGAGCUUAAAUGCAACUUGUUACCUAUCAAAAAUGGAAACUAACGGUGAUUGUUUAGUUGAGGGGCGAUUUUACUGUGACUCACUAAUUUACGAAAUCGCAGUUAUUUUUAUUAUUAUGCUCAGUGGCAUUAAUAUUGUUAAGAUUGUUUUAGUUUUACAAUGAAUCCCUGUCUCUACCUAAAUCUUUUCUCCUUUGACUUCCCAGAAUCAGAUCUUGAUUCCCUACUAAUUUGGCAAUAACAAUUUUCUUUCCACAAGUUAUGCAUAAACCCUGCAGUAAACUUUCUUUAUCACUCGUAGUUUCGACGAAUUUUGCCUCAAAAAGCAUUUCAAAGAAAUGAUUGCAGUACAACCAUGAAAUAUUUAUCUGAACCAUUGUAAUAGGUAGAGAUUGCGAUGGUUCCUUCUAUGAAAUUAAAUUCCUUCGGACAAUAAAUUGAUAAUGCUCACAAUUCUAUUCCGUGGACAUCAUUCUUGUCUGAUAUGAAUGGCCCGAUUCUCACUUGGUGGUAGUGAACGUCUGAAUUUUGCUGACGUAUUUUACUUGAUAUUUUGUCCCUUAUUGUGAAUGAGCAUUAUUAAUUUUGUGCGCAACUUCUUCAAAUUUCACUGCAAGGUCUUCCUCGCACUUUCCUCUGUCUCAUGGAUGCGACGUCUUGUGCGAACCCUCAUUGUUGUAUUUCUGUUCGUUCUUCUGGAAUGCCUACGUUGCCUGUCUCGCCCGCGAGCUGGUUAUUCGUUAUCCCGUGUAUUUUGGUGAUGUGCAACUGUAGCUCUUUGAAAAAAUUUCUGACGUUAUGGCCGAGCACGAAUUUUUUUACGUCAUUCUUGCACGAAUUAUUUUUUGUGCAAUGUACGCAGUAUGUUACUGGAGUAUUUAUUUCAGAAUGUAGAACAGAGACUAGCGAGUUUCUGGCUCUUUACGUAUGUAUUGCUGUAUUUGAUCUUGAAGGUCUCACGAGAUCGUCCUAAUGUUUGCUAUAUUCUCCAAUGUUUGAGUAUGAGUAAACGCGCACACUGUGCAUCUCUGACAUGACAAUGACCAUUAUUCUUAUUUAAUUCUAAUAAGAAUGAAUUGGCAUCAUUCUUCCCAUGUUGUGAUAAUGGAUUAUGAUAUGGAAUACAGUUUCAUUAAAACUGUAGUACGUCUCUAAAGUCGCAUGGUAGACAGGACUCUGACUAGCUUUUAUCGACAAAUGGCUAUGAUGAUUUCAGUAUGCUUUUAGUAUUCUCACCGUAUGUUUCUUAUAAAAUAAUGUAAAUUUCCAUAUGUCAAGUAAAGGCUUUUCUUAGC